AUGAAAUUCGCGUUAUUAAUUCUUAUUUGCGAAGUAGUCUACCUGAAUGCUCAAUAAUGCACUGAAUAAUCUUCCAUCCUUAACUAUAUAUUUAAUUCAGAUAAGCCUAAUAUUGAAAAUAAUGAAUGGAAUUAUUAAACUAUUACAUCAUUUGAAUAGUGUAAAUAGGGAAUAACAACUGAUACUAAAAAUUUCGAAAUUUCUUAGGUGAGUUUACUUAGUACUAAGAUAAGUUUAGAUGUUGAAGAAAUAAUUGAGUUAGUGAUCAAUAAGACUUAAGGACCAUUGGUUCAAUAUAAAACAAACACAAUCAAGUUGACAUCAUGGGGAGUUAACAAUAUCGCCAGAUAUUCAUCUUAGUAUCUCACAAUAGGACCAGCAGAACAUAAUUUCGAUUUUUGGGCAAAGGCUCCUGAUGCUGAAAUUCAAGUGUAUUUCGUUUAGGAUUAAUUUUAUCAAAACUGCGAAGUCGAACCUCUUUAUGCAGUACUAUCAAUACCAGUCUAUGUAAUCUCAGAGACUUAGAAUAUUAAAUACGCAAUAAAUAUUAAUGUCACAAAUCAACUAAAUGUAAUUGGAUCAUUCAAUUUCAAAUAAAAUAUUCUUGGAGCUUAUUCUUCCGACAUGACCAGUUUUGUAUCUUAUAAGGCUCCAAUUAACAUUCCACCUUGCGGGAAUGCAAAUUGGUUUGUGUUGACAUAACCUUAAUUCAUUAAAUUUGAAUUACUAAAGACUUUAUUAUAAUUAAAUGCUGUUGAUGCCUUAUAAAGGAUGAAUCUGGAUGGAACCUAUUUGAAUUUCAUAAAAGGAAGAUUCAUUUAUGCAGGAGAGGAUGAUAUGAAGGAUUAUGAUGAUAAUGUUGAAUGGGCUGCCACGUGGGUAGCCUCAAUAAUACCUUGUUUACUAUUUGCAUUGGUUGUCUGCAUCUAUGGUUAAUAUGAGAUUUCUAAUAUUGGGAGAUAUAAGAGGCCUUAAGCUAAAUAGCCUGAAGGAAUGGAAUAAGAAUCACUAAAAUAAGAUGAUGCAGCUGAUAAGAAAUUGACAUGACAUUAUUUUCGAUAAAUUAUAAAAAAUACCAAUAUUUAUA